AUGUCCUCCUUCGAAGUGGUACACACUCAUGAAAUUCCGGCCUUUGUGGAUAAAAUAAUAGUUUCCGGUCUCAAUCGAACAGAGGAAUCGUUGAUCAAGAAACAGGCUUUGGUUCAGUCUACCAACGUCAAAGAUCUUUUUGAGCGGGUGAGCGAGGCAAAGAAACGAUUGGACAAGCUUGGCGUGUUCCGUUAUGUCUACGCUUUGGUGGAUGUCGCCGAGGAGCCCAGCAAAUACAGGGUCAUCUUUAAGGUGGAAGAGAAGCGCCCCGCGACAGGUCGUAUUUCGCUAACUCACGGGACAGACGGCGUUAGCAAAAUGUGCGGUUCCGUCCGACUUAAUAAUUUACUUCGAGGUGCCGAAUUCGCGGACUUGGACUUGGAGGUGGGGAGCAACCAACUGACUACCAAGGUUGCCACCCUUUCCAAACCACUGGAGCGUAAUCCCUACGUGCGAUUUAGCUUUGGUGGGACAGAAGGACACUGGGAUCAUUGGUGGGCCAGAUUCUUGCGUCACGAACGGUCCGUUUUUUCGGAUGUGGCCGUGGAAACCGCCUAUGGGGUGCACAAGUUUCAGUGGGAUGCUAAUUGGAGAGAAGUUGAAGCCAGAGAUAAUACAACUCCGUGGGCAGUUCGGAAAGAGAGUGGAGCGGCGCUGAAAGUUGGUCUCAAACACACGUUUGAACACGACACUCGGUCUGACAUGGUGUUUCCUGACUCUGGGUUUCUAUUCCGGUUGUCCAAGGAAUUAGCCACCAUAAGUCCGGGCAGCCCAACUGGUCAAAUGGCUCCAGACAAGGUGACAAGUCCCAGCGUGGCAAGACCUUCCGACGAUCGCGCAUUUCAGCUCAAGGUUGAGGGACUCGCUCACAAACCCUUCCGGCUCACCGACUGGUUGGUCGGUGAGGUGACGUGUUCUGCGGGAUUGACGCAUUCGCUUAGUAGACAUCCGAUCCACAUCGUUGAUCGCUUUUUCUUGGGCGGACCUCUCGAACUGCGUGGUUUUCAAUGGCGUACCGUUAGUCCUAUGCAGCCAUUACUUGAGCCCACUCCGUUCAACCUCCCAACGGCUGAUGUCGUCAACGAGACGGUCGAUACUACACAAACAUCGACAGCGUCUCGUUCGCCAGUUGGAUCUGACGGAUUUUGGCUUACCGGUGCUCACUUCUACACUCCACUCCCUUUUUUCGGGGCUGAAGAAGGUUCUCUCGCCUCCCAUUUCCGACUCCAUGCCUUCUGUUUAGCAGGUAGUACGUUGGACUCUCCAGUACAACGCGUUCUGGACAGCAUUGCCGCAUCAACAUCAGACCAAACGUCUUUGGCGCGUCGCCUACUUACAGAAUUAAGCAGUCAACCGCGAGCCGUUGUGGGCGGUGGAUUAGUCAUUCGUUUCGCUGGCCUUCUUAGGAUAGAAAUCAAUUACUGUGUACCAUUCAAGAGUCAGCCAGGAGAUCUGCUCAAGUCGGGCUUCAACUUUGGUUUCGGCAUAGCCUAUUCGUGACCUUCGCACAGCGCCCCAACUUUUUUCCAUGGCGAUGAGACACCAUCUGGUUUCUGCUUUCUGUACGAUUGUAAGCCUUAUGGCUUGAUCUGAACGGACCAUUCUAUACCUGUUAAACCAAUGUCCCCAUGCAGAUUGUCUUUCGUAGAAAUACAC